CUUGCACUUGAACCUCAUCAUGUCUCGUUUUAGGGGGGGCGAAGAGCAACAGCCAGACAUGGUUCAUAACCCAAACCCUGUCCCCAGGGAUGACGAGUAUUUGCCCUACCCAGCCUUGGCCCCCGUGGUUUUCUUUGGCAUAAAACAAACCACAAGACCCCGUAACUGGUGUCUGAAAGUUGCCUGCAGCUUAUGGUUGGAAUAUGUAUCCAAACUGAUGGCGCUGCUCAGCUGUGCCAUUGUGUGCAUGUACAAGCCCUAUGAGGAGCCCUCAAACCUACUUAAGAUCUUGGAGCCUCUGACAUUCAGCUUCUUCAUGGUGGAGAUGCUCUUGAAGAUGCUGGCCCUGGGAGUCUUUGGCUAUCAAGGAAGUUACCUAAGCAACAACUGGAACAAGUUUGACGUCUUCAUCAACACUGUGAAUGCAGUAGAUUAUGUUCUGGCUUUCCUCGGCAUCAACUGGCAGAUCUCUAAAUCGCUGGAGCCAAUGCGUCUGAUUGGCAGAAUAUCGAGUAUGCGAGCCUUGAUGAAAGUCCUCCUAGACAUGAUGCCUAUGCUCAUAAAUGUUUUCAUCCUCUACUUCUUCAUCAUCAACGUCUUUGCCGUCGUGGGAGUCCAGCUGUGGGCAGGGAAGCUGCGCAAUCGCUGCUUCCUGGGAGAGGACAUUAUCGGGAAGUACAAUGUGUCCAUGAGUCCAUUCUACGAGCCCGAGGACAGUGAAAGAUACCCCUUCAUCUGUUCACUUGGCAAGCACGGGAUGCGGCGCUGCAGUGGUGUACCGCCUUCCAGAGACAAUGGCAAACUCUGCUCAGUGGCUGCUCCUGACAAUGCUUCAGCUGCAAGUCACUCCUUCAGGAUGGUCGGUGAUGUCAGUACUGAAGAAUGUAUUAACUGGCACAUGUACUACAAUGUCUGUCGCACCGGGAAUCACAACCCUCACAGGGGAGCCGUCAACUUCGACAACAUCGGCUACGCCUGGAUGACCAUAUUCCAGGUUGUCAUGCUGGAGGGAUGGACAGAGAUUAUGUUUUAUGUCAUGGACGCACAUUCCUUUUGGAGUUUUGUCAUUCUCAUACCUGUCACCAUUAUGGGCUCCUUCGUCAUGAUGAACGUGUGUGCAGUCGUCAUCGUCAACCAGUUCACGGAGAGCGCACAGAGGGAUACGGGACAGCGGGGUGCUGGUGCUGCGUCCAUCGCAUGGCUCUGUUACAUGUUGACCUCCUCUCUGCGGGUCAUCUCCUCUAUAUACAACAGUAGGCGACAUAACACGGUGCAGCCUCAGGACAGCAUGGAGGGUUCCUUAAUGGUUCACAUCUGGGCGCCGUUCAAGAGAAAACUGAAGUACAUCGUGGACAGUAAGCUGUUCACCCAAGGGAUCAUGUUUGCCAUUUUCUUCAGCGUGGUCUCCAUGGCCAUAGAGCACCACGGGCAGUCUAAGGAGCUGACACAGAUGCUACAGGUCACUAACAUCGUCUUCAUCAUCAUAUUUAUCGUGGAGAUGGCCAUGAAGCUGCUGGUUCUCUCAGGAGCGUACUUCUGGGACCCAAACAAUGUCUUUGACUUUGUUAUCGUCAUCAGCAGUGUGUGGGAGGUGAUCGCUAAAGCCGACAGCAGGUUGUCCAUUCUGCGUGUGUUUCGUCUGCUGCGGUUCGUGAGGCUGGUUAAAUUCCUCCCUCACCUGAAGAGACAGCUGCUCGUGCUGAAGAGGACCAUACAGGAGGCCGCCGUGCUCUGUGGGCUGCUGCUCGUUGGCAUACUGGUUUUUAGUGUGCUGGGUAUGCAGCUGUUCGGGAAUAAAUUCAGCUUCCAGACAAAGAAUGGAGUCACCGUCGCUGAUCGAAAAAACUUUGACAGCAUACUCUGGUCCAUGGUCACUGUGUUCCAGGUUUUGACUAUGGAGGACUGGAAUCUGGUGCUAUACAACGCCAUGUCCGCCACCUCACCCUGGGCUGCUCUCUACUUUGUCGGGCUCAUUGUGUUGGAAAAACAUAUUCUUCUCAAUAUACUCAUGGGCAUAGUGGUUGAGAGCUUCCAGGAAAAGUGCACCAGCUCCCCUCUCUCUUCCUGCACCAAUCUGGCUCACUUGAGCCCUUCAGACAACAAUGAGGAGAAUGACCCCAUGAGACCGGACUGCUCCCCCUCCGGUCAUAGCUCCACUGAGAUGAACACAGAGGAAGAGACAGGCACCAAUGAGAUCGUCAGAGUGCAAGAGUUAAUAUUGGAGAUUUUUGAACCGGAUACAGAGAGUGCUCCGCUGGUGCAAAGAGCAUGAAGACUAACACUGUACAUACUGUCUCCACAGAACAGGCUGCGUGUCUGUUGCCAACGUUUUAUCUCUCACGUGAUGUUUGACCGCGUCAUUCUGUUCUUCAUUCUCCUCAAUUGUGUCACCAUUGCUAUGGAGAGACCUGGAAUAUCCCCUGAAAGUGGGGAGCGAUGGAUCAUUGAUAUAUCCUGUUACGUGUUCUCCACCAUCUUCCCUAUAGAGAUGCUUAUCAAGGUCCUGGCUCACGGUUUGGUGUUUGGCAAGGAGACCUACUGCCGCUCUCCCUGGAAUGCUGUGGAUGGUCUGCUGGUGGUUCUGUCUGUAGUCGACACCAUUGUCUCUCUGACCAGCAGCGGCAAGAAUAAUAAGCUGGGAAUCCUCAAAGUUUUGCGCCUGCUGCGCACACUUCGCCCACUGAGGGUUAUCAAGCGAGCACCGAAACUGAAGUUGGCCGUGGAAGCUCUGAUCGCCUCAAUUAAACCCAUCGGGAACAUCGUUCUCAUCUGCUGUGCCUUCUUCUUGUUCUAUGGCAUCCUCGGUGUGCAGCUGUUCAAAGGGAAGUUCUUCUACUGUGCGGGUCAGGACACAAGAAACAUCACCAGCAAGUCUGAGUGCCUGUCAGCCGACUAUCAAUGGGUCCGAAAGACGUACCACUUCGACAACCUGCCUCAGGCUCUGUUGUCCUUGUUUGUAAUGUUCUCUAAGGACAGCUGGGUGAACAUCAUGUACGAUGGACUGGAUGCUGUUGAAGUAGACAAACAGCCCGUGCAGAACCACAAUGAGUGGAUGCUCCUUUUUUUCAUCUCCUUCAUGAUCAUAAGCUUUGUUCUGCUCGACAUGUUCAUCGGCGUGAUGGUGGACACCUUCCGUCAGUGUCAGCAGGAGCAGAAAAUCAAAGACGAGUGGUUACGAGAAGAAGAAGACCAAACGCAGGUGGAGUGCGGCGAGCCUGUGCAGCCGUAUUACACACACUACUCUCACAUGCGUCAGUUAAUCUAUGAUCUGUGUGUCAGCGACUUCCUGGAGUACUUCAUGACAGCCAUAGUUUGCAUCAGUGUGUUGAUGAUGGCUUUCGAACACUAUAAUCAACCUGAGUAUAUAGAGAAACUUGUAGAGUAUUUCUUCUAUGUGUUCACCGCCAUCCUGUUAAUGGAGAUCCUGCUGAAGCUCGUGGCAUUUGGCGUCCUGAGGUUCUUUAAAAUGAGGUGGAAUCUUCUGGACGUUGGUGUCGCCUUGAUUUCCAUCAUCAGCAUUGUCGUGGACAAGACAAAAGCACAUGUAAUUCCCAUUAAUCCCAGCAUCCUGAGAGUCUGCAGAGUACUCCGACUAGCACAAGUGCUGAAGGCCAAAAGGCUCAGACUUCUGCUGAGAACCAUCAUCAAGACGUUAUCACAUGUUGAAAACAUUUGUCUGCUCUUCAUGUUCUUCUUCUUCAUCUACGCUGUGCUGGCAGUGGAGCUCUUUGGCAGGCUUUCAUGCAGCGACCAUAACCCGUGUCACGGUUUACAUCGGUAUGCCAACUUCAGGCAUUUUGGGAUGGCCCUGCUGACGCUCUACCAAGUGUGCACCGGAGACAACUGGAGCGGGAUUAUGAGAGACACGUUGAGGUUGUGUCGUCCUGGUGACGAUGGCUGCCUUAGUUACCUGCACUGGGCCUCUCCCAUCUGGUUCACCAGCUUUGUGGUCAUGGGGCAGUUUAUGCUGGUCAACCUGGUGGUGGCAACGAUCAUGCAAGCUCUGGAGGAAAGCAACGAGAACAAGGCCAUUAACCUCCCACCCCAGGAAGGGGAAGCAGAACACGACACUGUCCGCAGCCUCCAGGACAGUGAGUCAGACACUGAAGAAGGAAGCUGAUCUGAAGCCACGAGUUCCUUGAAUGAUUUCAUGUGUAAAUAACAAAUGUUUAUGUUGUAUAUGUAUGUGAUUUGAAUCCACGUGAUGGCUAUUGAUUGAGUGUAUUGCACACUGUAUAUAUUGAUGUUUGUUUUAUUGUUUUAUGUGUAAAUAACAUGCAGAAGUUGUAUGUGAACUGGAUUCGAAGCCGCCCUGUUGAUUUUAGUCCAACAGAAUGAAUUAAAACAUGUAUUUGUACAUGUAUAUGUGUAUAUUGACGAUUUUAUAGAAAUUAUUUUAAGCGGUUAUACAAACAGUUGAUGUUGA